UAAGUUUGCAAACAGUCUAAAAGCCCUUUCCAUUAGGCUCUGGACGCCGGAAACCACGAAGGGCAGUUCAAGUUUUGAUUUUCAAGGAGAAAGCCUCUGGUAAACUUUCGCUCAGCCGCCAGGAGGUCUGUUGGUUCCUGGGAGGAGCUCUUCUGAAUCCUCGAAGAUUCCUGUGCUCUUGAAGACCCAGAUCAGUGGAUUACAGUAAUUGUAAGCCUUAGGUGGCGUCGGAAGAUUACUCUGUUUGGGGUGCGCUCACAUUUCCAGGCUAGGGGACGGAGCGGAGGAACCCCUUUUGUUAUUUUUUGAAAGGAGAAGAUCAGAGAGGAAGACGGGGUUUUGAAGUGUGGAUUAGUGCUCCUCAUCUUCGCCUAGUACCUCCGUCUGGAACUUUAUAAAGAGAUUGAGGAGUGCAGUGAAUUUGCGAAAUCAUGCAAAGUGUCCUUGAAGCCUGUUCUGGAACGUAGCUUCUGGACCAGAAACUUCUCCCCAAACAGACCUUCCGUGCCAGGCAGUCUGAAUGGACCGUCGUCUCCGAUUUGAAGAUUUGCAACCUUAUUCCCCGGUGGGAGAGUAACUUCUUGGGUGAUCUGUUGGCUUGUCGGCGAAAUGAUGGAGAAACGUAAACCACCCGCACUGCUGACCUUGCCGUACCACCUCCACCCGGUGCCCCUGAGCCUGCCAGGGACCCUGCCCCGCCUCCCGCUGAGGGACCCUUUCAGGGUCCCCUUGCAUCUGGACGACGCGUGCUGCGCGCGGAGACGGCCCUACCUGCCCUUGCCGCUGGACGGCGCCUUCGAGCCCGCCUUCCUCCGCAAGCGCAACGAGCGCGAGCGGCAACGCGUGCGCUGCGUGAACGAGGGGUACGCGCGCCUCCGAGACCACCUGCCCCGAGAGCUGGCCGGCAGGCGCCUCAGCAAAGUGGAGACACUCCGCGCUGCCAUCGGCUACAUCAAGCACCUCCAGGAGUUGCUGGAGCGCCACGCGCAGGGGCAGGAGGGCCCAGCCGGGCCCCCGCGCAGGCCCGAAUGCAACAGCGAUGGCGAGUCCAAGGCCUCGUCGGUGCCGUCGCCCUGCAGCGAGCCCGAGGAAGGGGGCAGCUAGCGAGCGCUGGGACCCCCGCCCUGUCCCGGGCGCCCAUUGCACUGCGCGCCUUUGCAGCCUGGUCUGAGGUUCUCUCUGAAGGUCGUUGCAUUUUUAAUCUGGUUGUUCCUCCAGGGGGGGGGAAAUCGUAGGAAAAAGAAAUGAGUACUUUAAGGGGAAAAUGAUAUUGAUAUUCUAGUUGGAUUUCCCCCCCUGUUAUUGGCUUUGUGCCUGCGAUUUAAAGAUGCUUAUUAAGGAAACUUCUUCUCCUGUACUUCUCAAAUGCAAACUGCACCAGAUUCUGAGCACCUCAUUCUAAAAACUCAAACGGCAGUAACAGUGGGAAUUUCCCACCGUCAUUGGUGCGUAAAUGAUGUACAUAAAUACUGAAGUAAACCCAGCCUUAACCGAAGAAGAACUUUCCCAAAAUAAAUAAAUAAUGGCAGUUCUUAAGAUGAGAGGAACGUUUUCCUGCAUUUCUUCCUUUGGGGAUUAUAUUAGAAAUUUAAUCGGCACCAUGCACUGAGUCAAGGGGACUUGAAGCUGACACCUGACGACACCUUUGUCAGCGCGAGCCGCCAGACCAGUCCGUGCUGCUGAUGGACUAUGUGAACCGUGGGUCUAGAGAAGAUAUAGACAUUCUAUAUGUAAUACAUCCUGUUCUGUCAAGAAGUGGUUAUUGGGAAACUUCAUAGAAUUUAGCAGGUCGGAUGUUCGUGCCAAUGAUCUUUUAGGAAGAGAAUUCAGAGUUGUGUGAAAACAUUUUCUCCUUCCGUUGUUUUUGUCCACUGGCUUUUUGGUUUGGUUUGGUUUUUCCUUUUCCUUGCCCUCACAUCGUCCCUUGUAGUUCUUAUUCAACUUUUGAUUACAUUGAAGUGACGCUGUGACUUUUUUUAAAGUAAGUGCUUAGAUGGUUGAACGUGUGGACUGGGGUGGGUCCAUUUCGAACUUGCAUCACAAGGACAACUUCCAGGGGUAUUGGAAUUAUCUAGCGACUUCCUGUGGCUUGUUCUAGUCUUUUAAAAAUACUUAGUUCUGGUCGGGUUUUAUUCUCUUUGAGAAACAAUUAUAAAUCCAGAAAUAAGUAAAAAACCUGACAUGUUGUUGUGGCUCAGUUGGUUGAGCCUUGUCCCACAAAGGGAGGGGGCACCGGUUGGGGCAUAGGCCUGGGUUGCGGUCCGUCCAGGUGGGGGUGAGUUAGAGAGGCAGCCACUUGGUGUUUCUCUCUCACAUUGAUGCUUCUCUCCCUCUCUUUCUCUCUCCCUUCCCCUCUCUCUAAAAAUAAAUAAAUAAAAUCUUUUUAAAAAACCUGACACCAGAAGAUAAACUUCCUCUCUCUAUAGUUAUUUUCUAACAUGCUGAUCAUGCAGGCAGCUUUGGUCUGGGGCUGGGGAGUGGGGUUAGGAAAUACAGAAGGGGGCAGAACUGACAAGGGUGAGCUCUUUCAGAAAAUUGUUUCCCUUAACCCAACCCCCACACUGGUCUUAUGAGGUAGGUUUUAUUACCUGCUUUCUAUAGAUGUGUCAACUGAGGGAAGCUAAUAUUCAGUGAACAUCAUUUACAUGCCAAGAAUUAUACUGUGUGGGGUUUUUUAAAAACAUUUUGCUCUGCUUAAUUUUCAUAAAUCUGUGAAAUGAGUAUUACACAUAUUUUGUGGUUUGAAAAAAAAAUGAAGCUCAAAGAGAUGACUUGCGUUGCCCCGAUUAGUGUUGCUACAAUUAGUUGAGCUGAGAGCCAGUCCACGCUCUAUCUGACCCCUCAGCCCAGACUUGCUGUCUCCCUUAUCACGCCUCCCCUUUCUGUCAGCAAAUGUUACUUGACCCGUGGAAUGUCGAACCCGUGUUAGAAAGUAUAAUUACUAAUAUUCAUGAUGAGUAUAAUGGUAGUCUAUCGCUUUCAGCUGUGCGGAUAAAUGAUGAUCUUCACGACCAAACAUUCCUUUUCCUUAAGGAUGAGGGAAGAGCCUAUUAUUUGAGUGAACGAAAUGUAAGAGCCGUUUUUCUUGCUCAUCACUUAAUUCCAACCCCACACUCUCCUGUAAUAUAUCCAUUUCAGUCUCCGGGUAGGUGGUUAUUCCGUCUGGGGGGUUCGAUGGAGCAAGCCUAAGUGAGAUACAUUUACUAAUUUGCAAAAAUAAAAGGUGGGGGAAAUACCCAUAUUACUGUCCUAGGAGAGUUGGAGGAAAUACUAAUUAACCAAGUGGCUAAGAAGCUUGGGAGACUGUUUUAAGGGUGUCGGUGGGGCAGUCGUUGCAUUUCCAUUUCUUUAUUCUACUCUCUUUUCCAAAGCAGGAAUAGUAAUAAUGAAAGAGUGUAUUUUCUUUAAUCUGCACAGACUGCGAUUACU